AUGUUCUAUGAAAUAGGUUAUACUGAGGUCCUUACCACUUUCACAAAGUUCAAGAAAUUAUGUUUACCUCCACAAUGGAAUGAGUUACAUACUAUUCUUCACAUGGGGCUCUCUGAACGGGUCGGUGGGUCUGAAGGAUCAAACAAGUGUUUCAUGACUAUUUUGUAUGGUCUCUACAAUGGAAUCAACUUGGAUUAUGGUUCCUUGAUCUGGUCUCAACUAGUGCAGAGUUUGAACUCCUCAAACAAACACUCUGAAGUUUCUUGUAGUCAUUUCUGGACCCUUGUUACUCGCCGGGCAAUCAACUCUCUCCAGAUCUCUGUCAUGAAGGAUGCUGUGCUUUCUUCUAUAGCAACCUUUCACACCAAUAAGAUUAUUGUUGCUGAUCCAAAAAAAUUUCCUCACAAUGGUUCAAUUCCUGAAACAAUGUAUCGAUAUGUCUCUGAAGAAAGUAAAGUGAUGGCUGAGUAUCGAUUGAUUCCUCCCAAGAAUCCACGACAAUUGACUCCUGAAAUGCAAGCUGCUCUGGAUGAAGUUGAGAAAACAGCAAAGCGAGGAAAGAAAGCAGAUUCCAAGAAGUUGGAAACCGAAGAACCUUCUUCUAAGCCAGUUAAAUCCAAGAAGCGAAAAGCUGAAAAAGCUGCUUCCUCGGCUCCCAAGAAAGUUAAGAAGAUGGCUCGAAAACCAAAGACUCCUUCACCUUCCAGCUAUGGUAAUGUUGAUGAGCAGAAUGCUGAUGAGGAAGAGGAAGAUCAGCAUGAAGGUUCUCCUAGGGGUAAUACACCACCUAGGUCUCCAACUCCAGAAGGAAAUCUUAAUGAUUCUGUUCCCACUCCUCCAUCAUCACCACCGAAAACUACUGUUCAAGUUUCGGUUGCACCAAUUCCUCCAUCUCCUACAACUCAAACUACUACCAUUGUUCCACCACCUCCACCUGUCAGCUCAAUACCCUUAUGUAAAACCCCAUUACCACCUCCCAUUUUUUCCCAAGCAACUAUCACCUCUACACCGAUCAUCCUUACCACAACCGAAUCUCCAGCACAAGUCAACACAUCUGAUGUGGGGGAAAAGACUGAAGAUAAUCCUAAAAUUACAACCGAGCCUAUUUCCCCAACUCAUUCCAGUGAAUCUGGUCCAGUUCUUGGAGGCACCGAUUUUGAAUUGAUUCAACCUACUACAGUCCAUAUAGAAUUCCAAUUGACGAAGAUGAAGCUGCUCCGGUAA